CCACACUACCUCACUAAUAUUGAUGCAAGAAAGCAACAUACACCCAGAGGGAGAGAGAGCCGUGAACGCUUCAACAUCAAAUAUAUAUAUAUCCAUACAUUCCAGGUCUCCGAAGGCUCUGUAAGCGCUUCUUGGAAGAUAGAGGAGGAAAACAACAAGGAAUUUAGUUUGUUUUGCUGGGUGGAGGAGGGCUGAGAAGCAAUGCUUGGGAAGAGCAGCAGGAAUAUUCAGAAAGACCAGAACAAAGCCUCCUUGUUCCCCUUGUCUAAUACUCUGGCGCAAAAGACCCGGAGUGCGUCAAUUAUUGGAGUCUCCGAUCUAUAUGCAAGGUUGAACACCAUGGGAUUGUUUGAUUUGGAUUCAUCCAGUAGUCCUACAUCUCCUUUAGACCGCAAGCUCUUCUCAAAUCCUGGAGGCCCUUCUGUUAGCUCCCCUGGAUCACCAGUUCAUGAUGGACUUCCAAAGAACACAAAUCCCAACAAGGUUGGGCUUGGCUUGGUAGAUUCUCUCACCGAUGAGGUCAUGCCCCUCGGACAGGUUUUAAGGUUUUCCGAGAGUAGGAAAGUAGUAUUGGGAUCAAAGAUGGGGAUUCAAAUCCCAGGUCCCAAGGCCCAUUUGGAUGUUUUGUCACAUAAUCCUUCUGAAAACCAUAGGAGUUCUCGGCAAACACCUACUGAUUGCUUCCAUAUCAGAUUUGGACAGCCAAAGACACAGCUAGCAUCCAAGAUAGCUGGAGUGCAGAGUGAGGAUGAUGGUAAUCUUGAUGGGAAUAAUCACAAGUUUGACAUUGAAAUUUCUGAAUCAGAGACGAAGAAUUCAACAUCAGAUUCUCCGACUAUAUCUAAUGAUUCUUCUUAUGAAUUCAUCGGUUCUCUCUCUAUCAGCGAUAUCGAACGAUCUGAAAAUUACACCUGCAUUAUUUCGCAUGGUCCGAACCCGCGAACAACUCAUAUCUUUGGGGACUGCAUAUUGGAGAGCCACAAGGAUCAGUCGCCUGAUGGCAAGCAUAAGGACAAGGGAGAUAGGGGAGAGUCUUCCUGGGAGGUUAAGCCUUCUGAAGAAGUACCACUGCAUUCCAGUACUGAUUUUUUGAGCUACUGUUAUUCAUGUAAAAAGAAACUGAAAGAAGAGGAUGAUAUUUACAUAUACAGAGGUGAGAAAGCUUUUUGCAGCUGCGAAUGCCGAGCUCGAGAGAUUCUAACUGAAGACAAGAUCGACAAGCAUAUGACAGAUUCUUCUGAUUCUCCUGGUUCAUCCUUUCACGAGGACAUCUUCAUGGAGGAUGAUUGCCACUAUAUGGGCUGGAGGAUUGCUUGUCCAUUCCCACCGGUCACCGAAUGAGGAAAGCGGUCAAAUAAACAAUUUGAUCGAGCUUUAUAUCUGAAUUGAUGUAUAUCUCUUCUGAGAUUCAGAUCAUACGUUUAAAAAUGGAUAUGCUCUACUUUUAAUUGUAUAAUAUAAUGCUCUGUUGCAUGUUUGCUAGUUCCUGUCUUUUUGGCUGCACUGAAAUACAUUGAAAGGAGUAAUUUUGCUUCAUCCAAGGGUAAAGAAACAUCUGUGAACAUUGA